UAUAUCAGUAAUUUCGAACAUUUAUUGUGGUAACAAUUGUUGUGUCUUGUAGUACAAGUAGAUAGAGUGGAUCUCAGCUUAUCGAGCAGCCGGAUUCCGGACCUUGUCGAAGGACAUAUCUCAGGGAAGGAUUUGGACAUGGAAGCUCAGGAACGAACGGUUUUCCGGUGUACCGUUUGCGAUUGGUACUACCUGAGUGAGGAAGGAUUGUGGAACCAUGUACAGCUUCACGACAUUCCCGACGAAAAGAGGAAAAGCCACUUCGAGGAAUUGAUAACUUCCAGUGUGCUGUAUGAAUGCGAACAAUGCAAUGAUCAACGGCUUUAUGAGGAAGAUGGCUACAAUCAGCACAUUAUCGAAUAUCAUGAUGAGCCGCCAACUGAGCAAGUGUCCAUCAAAUGUGAAUGUACGGAUUGCGGGGACAUUUUUGCCAAUCACGAUCUGCUAUUACAACACGUCGAAGAAGCCCACCGGAUCAUUGCUUGUAGAAUAUGUGCUGCGACUUUCAAUGAUGAUAUAGAACUGGAUAAUCAUAAGAGCACCCAUCAUUUGGAGAAGAGUUAUUCCUGCCCAUACUGCUUGGAGACGACACCCGAUGUAAAUACAUACAAAAAUCAUGCAGAUUUCUGUUCAAAGCAACAAUACUCGUGUGAAAUAUGUAAUAUCGAAUUUGCGAGCUUAAUAUUCCUGGAAAAACACAACAGCCAAGUCCACCCCGAGUAUAUUAGCCAGCCUGAAGAUGUUGUGGAAGAUAGCAAUAAUGGUGAAAUUAUUAUCGAUAAUAUUGUACCAGCCAAUGAUGAAAUCAAAAUGGAAAUUUCUGUGGAGGAACCAACGUUACAACCGGUGUCUCAUGAUCAGGCUCACGAUGAUAUGCUUUUAGUUGUUUCCGAUGCUCAUGAGGAUAAUGGUGAACCUCAUGUAACGGUUGAUAAAAAAGAAUAUCGUCGUUAUAAUGUGGGAAAUAGAACCGUCUUUGAGUGUCUGAUCUGUAAUGCAACGUUCGAUAAGAUUAAUGCCUACCGGUGGCAUAAGAUUAAAACCCACAUCGGAAAGACACUUAUUUGUCCACAUUGCGGAAAGUCACUGUGGAAGCUAAAUGAUUUCCAGAAUCACGUAGCCAAGUGUGCCAUCAAAAAGUUUCCCUGUGAGUUCUGCAGUCGUAGGUUUCCUACAAAAGAGGCUGUGGAAGUUCAUAUAAAAGAACGCCACAAGUUACAAGUACAGCAAAUGAUUGGAUUGCCCAUGGUCACGAUGCCCAAUGUAGACUGCAAAUGUGAAUGUACAGUUUGUGGUGAUAUUUCUGAGAAUAGGGAGCUGCAUUUCGGACACAUGAAAGCUAACCAUGGCCAUAAAGUUAUGUGUGAUUUUUGUACUUUGACCUUUACUGACGAUGACGAGCUGGCGAGUCAUACGAAAUCCGACCACAAUCAGGCUAGUCAAAAGUGUUACGAAUGUACACUUUGUGGGAUCAUGUUUAGCAGUCAACAACGUUAUAACAUGCAUAAGCAAGUAAUUCACCAAAGGAUACAACACAAAUGUUCCAAAUGUUUGCGACAGUUUUACAAAACACAUACAUUUUUGGAACACAAGGCGCAAUGCGUUGGUAGGAUACUUUGCUGCAAAUUCUGUGAUGCAAAAUUCUCAACUGACAAAGCAUUGAGAAAACACCUUCAAAGGAAUCACAAAGUUGUCGAGCAGGCAUCAGAGCCAAACAUAAUUCAAUCCAUCAAAAGCGAGUGCCCGAUUUGCGGGGAAGUGUUUGGUGAUGGGUUUCAGCUUUCCAAACACGUACAAGAAAGCCAUCAGAAGACUGUAUGUACGAUUUGCUUCGAAACGUUCGAUAAUGAUGAUGAACUUUUUAGCCAUAAGCUUACAUCUCACCAAGAGCCAGCGCCCGACACGUUUGAGUGUCCUCAUUGUGCCAAACACUUUCGCUCAUCUGCCUUACUCAAUAGCCAUCAGGAAUCGUGCGGCUCUCGAUGUUUGCGAGAGUGUAAUAUUUGCCAUAAGAAAUAUGUUAAACUUAGUCGGCUUAUAGAACAUACGAGCUCGUGUCAUCCAGAAAUGAUCUACAGUUGUCGCUCUUGCCCGAGAAAGUUCAUCGAAGAGGCGGCUCUUCUCAGGCAUGCGGAUUAUUGUGCGGAGCGGAUAUAUUCCUGCAGUCAGUGUGAUGCCAGUCGGAAGACCUUAGACGAAUUCAAACGCCAUGUUGCGCUGACUGGCCAUGCGGCAGAGCCUGUGAUAGCACCAGAGCUUUUUACCCACACGGAACCUCGCUUCAAGUGUACCCGCUGUCCGAAGACAUUCUUCAUGCGUAGGACAUUGUUGCAACAUUCCCAAAGCCACGAUGAGGAGUACGAAAGGGAGAGGCAUAGGGUGUCGAUGGCCGAUCCCAAGAAUAUAAAGGAAUGCGAAAUAUGUCAUAUCCCGUUUUCCAAUAGACAAAGGCUACGACAUCAUAUGCUUACAGUCCACGAGGAGCCGAAGCACAAGUGUGCAAAAUGUGGAAAAGCAUUCCAUUACAAAGGUGAACUGAACCGCCAUGAGCUAGUUCAUGCGAAAAAUGAAUCGGGCUACUUGCCACCACAGGAGAAGAAACCGAAGACUGCCGUCGAACCAGCGUCAAUACCGACUUGUGAGCAAUGCAACAUUCAAUUCCUGAACAAAAGAAUACGGCAUCAUCAUAUGGUAACAGUGCACUCCGAACCAAAGUUCAAAUGUCCCUACUGUCCAAAAGUGUACUAUUUUCUAAAUACUCUUGAGCGCCACCAAAAAACGCACAGCAAAAUUGGAGCGGAGAAGAUGUGUAAGACUUGUGGGUUACAGUUUGAAACGGCAGCGAAAAAGUGGCGGCAUAUGCUAAAUGUUCAUCAAAUACCACGCUAUCGGUGUCCUGAAUGUGCAGAUCCGUUCAUGUACAAGCGAAGGUUGAGACGCCACAUGAAAAACCGUCAUAAAAAGGAAAUACCUGUGAUGUCGCACGGUCCAUAUUCAAUGCUUUCGAAGAACUGUUCAAAAUGUAAUCUUGAGUUUGCCGACAUGGAUGAAAAGCGUAAGCAUAUGCAGGAAAAUCAUGCGGAAUUAUUGGUUUGGUGUUCUCAAUGUCCGAAAGCGUUUGGCCAUAAGGGUUCUCUGCAGCGCCAUGAGCAACGUGUGCACGGUGCACUGCCAGUUCGCCAAGUGAACGCCAUUCUCGAAGCGAACGCACUUCUCCAACCGAACACGGUGCCUGAUGGUCCAAAAGGGUGUAAUCGCACACAAUGGGCGAAGAACUGUUGGGAUUGUGGACUAAAAUUUACCACCAGUACGCAAAGCAAUGCUCACAUGCGGGAGAAACAUCAGGAUCGACUGUUCAAAUGUUUGGAAUGCCUGAGCACGUUCAUUUACGAGCGAAGUCUCGUACUGCACAAUCGUUCACAUAAUAAAGUACCGCGAACUGUCACUGAAAAGACAUGCUCCAAAUGUGGUGUCAUGUUUCCUACCAAAUCAGAGAAGUAUAAACACAUGAUGGAAGACCAUGCUGAUUCCAUGUAUAAAUGUUCUCAAUGUCCAAAACUAUUUGUCUAUAAAGGCAAACUUGAGAAGCAUGAAAAAACACCUCAUGAUACAAUGGAAGAGAAACCACCCCAGAAACUGGUUGCUGAAACGACAUGCUCCAAAUGCGGUGUCAAGUUUCCUACCAAAUCAGAGAAGUAUAAACACAUGAUGGAAGACCAUGCUGAUUCCAUGUAUAAAUGUUCUCAAUGUCCAAAACUAUUUGUCUAUAAAGCCAAACUUGAGAAGCAUGAAAAAACACCUCAUGAUACAAUGGAAGAGAAACCACCCCAGAAACUGAUUGCUAUAACGGCGUGUUCGAUAUGUGGACUUCAACUUGAAACUCGUCCCAAAAAGAGACAUCAUAUGUUAACGGCCCAUUCAGAACCGAAGUUUGAGUGUUCUCUCUGUGGCAAACAGUUCUAUUACAAGCAAUUGCUAGACCGCCAUGAAACUAGUCACCGGAAACAAAAUAAACGCCUUACUGAUGCAAGUAAAUCUGACGGUAAUAACAUUAACAAUCAUAUUGUUGACGGGUCAUAUGGCAAUACAGCUGCUGGAUUACAGCUUGAAUGCAAAGCUGACGAGUUUAGUGUUCACGAAAAUAGGGCAGAUAUUGCUGUUGAUAAUGAAGCAUACGGUUUCAAACCAGACGAAGAGAAACCUAACGAUAAUAACACAAUAUAAAUCAAGACUGAACCUAACGAUACAACGUAUAUCAUAGUCCCGACACAACCGCAGCUAAUUAAACAAGAAAAUUCGUACAGCUAAAUGUUAGCGCGCAAAUUUGCCAUAUGUGGAAGAAACAAUAAAACUAAACGUAAAAAUUUGGAAA